GGUAAACUAUCAUGGCAGACCGUUUGGCGUGCAAAAGGUGUGGGAAAAUACAGUCGAUUUUAAAGAGAUGUACCCGUUGUCAAAAAGUGGUCUACUGUUCCCGUGAAUGUCAAGUUAAGGACUGGACUUCUCACAAAGACCUGUGCAAUAAAAAUGUCCCAGAGUCUCCCAGCAUCAGACAUACCCCAAAUGCCAAAAACUUCUCAAAAUUAAAUACUGAAAUGGACAGCACAUCAUUAAAGACAAUUCAACAUUCAAGUGAAGAAAACAGUGGAGACUUGCAUGUAUCAAAUGUUUAUGAAGGAGAAAACUACAAAGACCAAAAUAUUUCUGAAGUGAGAUUGAACAAUCAGCACCAAUGCUAUGGGAAAGAAAAUGGUCCAAAGAGUGGUGGAAGUCACUUGGAAAGUGUUCAAAGAAGACUACUAGUAGAACAGAACAAGUGUUUUCAAUCAGAGAAUUUUCCCCAGGUUAGCUCUACAACAGAUAAGAAAACAGACUGUCAACAUCAGGAUCCUAAAGAUCACAAUCAAAUCACAAAAUUACCAGUACAAUUUGAUCAUGGUACUCAGAAACAGACAGUAGCUGAAAAUGUUGAUAUGCAACAAACUACAUCGAAAGUCUCAGGGGUUAUCAUGUUUGAAUGUAAAGAAAGAGAAGUAACACUCUCAACAUCUUCCCGACCUUCCAGUAGCAAAUGCAUGGAUGGUCCUCUAGAUACUGACACCAAGCAACUCACAUCAACAAUUAUUGUGAAAGGAAAUAAAGAAAAACACAAAAUCCCUAUUCAAAAACACUGGUCUGGAGAAGAUAUAAUGCAACAAAUAGCACAUACUGUUCAAAUUCCUCUCAGCAAGUUGAAAUUGAUUUGUCAAGGAAAACUAAUGGGACAGGGUAACAUUAAGGAAUUUAUUACAGAAAAGGCAGUAUUUCAGGCGCUUGGUGAAAAGGCUGAGAGUGAGGAGGGCUUGGAGAAGCAAGACAUUGAAGUGGUUCUGAAGCAGAUGAAUAUUGAUAGAAACACAGCUAUAAAAGCUCUGAGAAAGACAGACAAUGUGAUUGAUGCCAUUAUUGAACUUGGAAACAGGUGAAAAAAUAAACAAAAUGUGAAAAACAGCAAAGCAGCUUAUUAUUAUUAUUAUUAUUAUUAUUAUUAUUAAGAUCAGGAGCUCAUUGUUGUUUU